GACAAAAACGCGUUUUCCCAAAGAUUGUCAUUAUGGCUGAUAGGUUGCGCUCUCAAGCAAAAUUGGAACAACUCCAAGCUCGAUUCGUCGGUGUUGGACAUUCAUCGACCACCAAAUAUGAAUGGAUGGUAAAUCAACAUAGAGACGCGUUGUCGUCCAUUGUCGGACACCCGCCCCUUCUCGCAUAUAUGUCUACCGCACUUGGCGAAUCUAGGACACAAGUUCGUCAGCAGAUGCUGGAAAAAAUGAUUAUGCCUUGUGGACCACCUCCUCCUACCAAUUGAAUUCUCGAUGGAUCGCGAGCUUGUCGACAAGAAUUACACAGUCCUAUAUUUAUAAACAAAACAAUUGAAUGUGAUAGUCUAUAUAGCAGGGCUUAUAGGUGUCAAGCUAUUUUUGAUUUUUUUCAUCAUUGACGGUU